AUGUUUUCCAUAUUCAAACGUAACCGGGAAGAGGUUAACCAGACGCAGACUGAUGCCGGCGUCAAGCGCAGUCGGGACAGUUGGUUCGGACGCAUCCGUAACUUGCUCGGGUCUGCGGAACUGGACGAUUCGGUUUGGGACGAGCUUGAAGAGGUGCUCAUCUCCUCCGACGUUGGGGUGUCCACGACCAUGACGGUGCUGGAUGAACUGCGCGCCGAUGUGCGUUCGGGUCGUGCUACCGAUGGGGAUAGCGUAUUUUUGCGCCUGAAACAGCUGCUGUCGGCUGAGAUGUCCUCGCAAUCUGAUGCCGAUGCCUGGCUGGACGACGAUGCCAUCGCGCUGCCUUACGUCAUCCUGAUGUGCGGCGUUAAUGGGGUGGGCAAGACGACCAGCAUAGCCAAGCUGGCCCACCACUUCACCAGGGCCGGCAAAAAAGUGGUGCUGGGCGCCGCCGACACCUUCCGCGCCGCCGCCGAGGAACAGCUGGAGAUUCUGGGGGCACGGGUUGGCGUGGACGUUAUCAGUCACCAGCCGGGAGCUGACCCGGGCGCGGUCGCCUACGACGCGUGGCAGGCAGCCCGGGCCCGCGGCGCUGACAUCCUCAUCGUAGACACUGCCGGCCGCCUGCAUACUCGCAACAACCUGAUGGACGAAUUGCGUAAGGUGCGGCGGGUCAUCAACCGUCUGGAUGAAGCUGCUCCGCAUCAGGUGCUGCUGACACUGGAUGCAACCACGGGACACAACGGACUGACCCAGGCGCAAGCUUUUACCGAUGCCGUGGGUUGCACCGGCAUCUUCCUGGCCAAACUGGACGGCACCGCUCGCGGCGGCAUCGUGCUGGCCAUCCGCCGGGAGUUGGGUGUACCCAUACUGUUCAUUGGGACCGGCGAGGGCCUGGACGACAUCGCGCCGUUCGACCCAGAAGGGUUUGUCGACGCACUGCUGGCGCCGGCGGCCUGA